GUUCGCUAGACUUCGUUGAGUUUUGUCGUUGCCGUAGCCGUCGUAGCCGUUGCUGUCAGCGCGAGGCCCACUACAAAAUUUUCCCAUCCAACUUGUAUUUGAUGUUGAUCUGUCAUUUGUGUUUUAAAUUUUUCAAAGUGUUGUGUGGAGUUUUGUGUAUGUUUUUGUGGCUUUAAUUAAAAAUUAUCCACAUAAAUAAUUGUUAUCUGUCGUGUAGAGGAGUGUUAAUGAUGAAAUGAAUAAUAAAUUAAACUUGAAAUCGAGUCUCUUCUCAAUAUAAAAUUAUAUAAAUAACAAAAAAAAAGUGAAAAGUCAAUCGCGUGACGACAACACACUCAGUCUCACCCAUCACUUCAUUGUAGUGCGUAAAGUUUUUGUUUUGAUUUCUUUCUUUUUCUUAUUCCAUCCAUCUCCAUAUAUUUAGCCUGCCCUUGUGCUUGUCCCUUGAUUCUUAAUUUGUUACAAAAAUAAAUAAAAUAAAGUGUUCAUGUGCUACAAAGGAGAAUAAUGUUUUGCUAAAAAGUUCAAGAAUAAAAAGAUAGAAGCACAAUUAAUUUCUUGGAAUCCUAGGACAGGAGCAACAAACCAACAUCAAAGGAUUAACCCUACAGAAUAACUUCACAUAACCCAGCAGCAGCGCAACCCAAACCCCAAUCAUGUCCAAGGAAGACGAAGGCGAGCUUGACCCGCAAAUUCAGAUUGAGUUGGAGAAUCUCAAUACUGCAACAGACCAGAUAAACAAACUCGAGAUUGAACUAGAGGAAGCAAAUUCAACAUUCCGCAUCCUAUUAAAUGAAUCCACACGUCGAUUAAAACUCUCUUCGAAGAAACUAGGCAAUUGUAUUGAAAAAGCACGUCCAUACCAUGAAGCAUUGGAGAAAGCACGUGAAGCACAAAUUGAAUGUCAGAGAGUGGCCGUCAAGUUUCAGAGGGCAAAUGAAAUUCAUGCAGCAGCUAAGGAAACAGUUGCAUUGGCCGAACAAAGAUUUAUGUCUAAUUCACAUGAAUGGCAAUUCGACACUGCGUGGCAGGAAAUGCUCAAUCAUGCCACACAAAAAGUAAUGGAUGCGGAAAAACAAAAGGCUGAAAGUCACGCAGAACAUCAAUUGAAGGCGAAGUUAUUUAAUGCUGCCGAAAUGAAGGUUCAACAAUUGGAGGAACGUUUCCGUCGUAGCAUAGCUAAAUCACGUCCCUAUUUCGAAGAGAAGCAAAUCUGCCAGGAUCAAUUGCAAACCCAAAAGAAUCGCAUCCAAGAACUCCAAGCACAAGUUCAAAACGCAAAACAAACAUACUCAACAGCUUUACGUAAUCUCGAACGCAUCAGCGAUGAAAUCCACCGUCAACGUGGUGAUUUUGUUGCCAUGACAACCCCACCGCCAGGCCCUAGAGAGCCCGGUGUUGGUGCCGAACUAGCAUCCUUGCCUGACUUCAAUCUCGAACUAGAACGCUGUGACCUUCCGUCGAUGGGCAGUGAAAUGUCUUUGACAACAACUAGCAGCUCAAUGCGAAGUGAACGAGGUGGCGAUGGUGGCGCUGAUAUGGAAACCGACAACGAAGAAGAACAACCACAGCAACAACAAAUUGACGAAGACCUUGUCGAAGAGCUGCGCCAGAAGGUAAAAACAUUGGCCGUUCGUCCAGUCGAAGGAGGCGAUGGCCAACAAGAACAGGACGUCUGGGAGAGUGAAUUAAACGCAACUGUUGACAAGUUGGAUCAUUUGAUGAUGAUGAAAGAAUGUGCCGCCUUGAGUACUACUAAAUUGAAUGAGAGACCAUUUGCCCAGCAGAGACCUCAAUCAGUGUUGGGCGCUGAAGCCGCCGCCACCACCGGCAAUGCUAAAGGUCCUCUAUUACAAAUCUCUCCAACAGCACUUAGUGAUAGUCUGAGUGAUGUAGUAUCCAGCCUUCCAGUGACACCACAAAAGCAUUCCGCUGCCAUAAAGAAGCUGAAAGCUUUGGAACCGCUUCCGUCAGUGAAUGUUUCAAUGCGUGAAUUGCCCCUACUAGCUCGCUUAGAUACACGUAUUGGUGGCUACACGAAGCAGCGUCGAAGAUCACUCGAUUAGGGAAAAAUAGUAUAUGUAUAUCAUAAGAUAAAACCGAAAGGUAAAAACAGAACUAAGAAGAGACCGUUUACUCAAUUUCUUUUUGCAAAAAUAACUCACAAUUAAUUUUAGAAUAAAAAUAAAAUAUAACAAAAAAUAAAACAGUGACUAAUUAGAAAGUUAAUACAAUACAAGUUUGAAGGUAAAGAUGGUGAUAUUGAAGCGUGGGGAAUCAGUUAAAAGAUUUGUUCCAUUCUCACUGUGAUUUUUUUGAAUUACACAUCAUGUCUUCGGUCUAGUAAAAGCUCAUCUCAGUAUUUCAAAAAAGCUUGUUCUUGUUAUUUGAAAUGUAGUCUGCUAAAAAAAACACACCGCCAAGUUUCUUUAACAAGAUUUAGAAGAAUUUAAAACGCUUUUAAUCACUUCUCAAAACUGAUAUUUGCUAAGCCUGAAGAUAUCACAUGUGUCUAUAAAUGGAUCUUUCAAAUGAAUUAACCCAUUUUCGAAAAAAUGCAUCGACAUAAUUCCAACUCGCUUUCUAUAUCUUUUUUGUUAAUUACCAAUCUAUCUUCAGAAUGUGUGCAAUUCUUAGAGAUCACCUCACUGAGAGCUUUUUUAGAAAGUUCUAUCAAAAUAAAUGUAUUCAAAAACUUCACUCAACUAACAUAAAAAUACAUAAUAUUUAAAAUUCCAUAAAAUAAACGUAAAAGAAAAGAUUUAAAAAAAAAAAACAGUGCAAAUUAUUUUAAUCAAUAGAAAUCAAUAAACAUCUCAAAAGUGUUAUUAUUUUGCAAUAUUUGCAUAGAAUUAAUAAAGAAAAAAAAUUAAAUAGAAUUAAAAAUUAACUUGAAAUUAAAAAAAAUGAAUAAACUUUAUUUUCUCGACAAAAAAAAAUUGGUUAUUUUUCUAUAUAUAAAUAGAUACAAAGAAAUUUAAAAGAAAAAUUAUAUUUGAAAAAAUUGAUUGUUAAAUGUUAAAAACAAAUAAACGAAAGUAGUUAUUAAUGAAAAAUGUUGUCGGUAUUAUUUUUAAAAUAAACCGAAUAAAGUUAUUUUCGUUGAAAAAUGUUUUCCAUUUUAUUCAUAAAAACAUAAAAAGUAAAUUUAAUUUUUUUUACAUAGAAAAUAUCAUAAAAGCGCAAAUAAUUAAGUUAGUGCAACUCUUAAACCAGACAAAAAAGAAAAGAAUUAAAAAAAAACAGAAUAUGCUGGAGAUCAAUUAUGUGAUAGACUAAUUAAAAUAAAUAAAUAUUUUAAAAGUUACACAGUUUAUAAAUUAUAAACUAAUCGUAAAAUAAACAUUAAAAAGGAAAAUUGAAAUUAGAAAUAGAAAAACAAAUUCGAAAUAUUAUAAUUAUUAAAAAGUAGAUAAAUAAAUAUUGUGUAUUAAAUAAAUAUAUAUAUAUGACACUAACUGAAUAAAAUUAAAUAAAAAUAAACAUGAAACAUUUCAAUAUUAU